UUUAAACAUUAAAAAGCACUUGGGAAAAGAUUUAUGUUUGGAUCCGGAUCAACAGAAGAUUAAGACUGGACAGCUAAGAGAUUGUUUGUUGUGACGGACACAGAGUUAGGCCCACGAAUACGGCCGGUGCUCAAUGUCUUCCAGAGGCUCCCACCGCAUCUCUGUUGCCAGACAUGUCUAUCUGAGGACACAGCAGCAUCGUCUCCGUCAUGUCAAGAGUGUAGUGAUCCGUAACCUCACCUUACACGAGACGAAUCCUGCCCUCCUCUUAGACCCUAUUGCCAUGGAAACACAUUUCACCAUCCAUCCGGCCCACUACCCAGACAAAGUUCUGUACAAGAGCUACUCUGUGCCGAAGUCUUAUAACCCCUCUUGGGAGGCAGUGCAGUUCAAUUACUCGGAGCUCCAGAAAUACUCGGCAAUUCCUUCAUUCGUACUCAAGCUGUGGCUGAGGACAAACGGGAGUAAUGAGAUGAUGCUGGUCUUUGAGAAAACCAUCGAGUUGGCCGGCCUAGUCUAUCUUGGAAGUCUGGUGAACAAGGACAGUUCUUCGUACCCCCCCAACUCAGUGGUGGUGGGCAUGUUUGAGGGCUACUACAGUCACCCGGGAGUGGGGGGUGUCCCCUGCCCUCCCAAGAUCACCCACUCACUGGAGAAGCUUCUCCCACCACAGAGCUUGCUUGAGGUCAACAAGCUAGAGGUGAGGGACUCUUAUGUCAACGCGACGUUGUUGAAGCUGGUCCGAGGUCAGGAGCGACUGAAUCAAGUGGCCAGUGCAGCCACACAGGCUCGUGAGAGGGUGGAGUCUCUGACAAGAGAAGAGGAGGCGUGGUUUGCACGACGGAGGGAGCGAGAGCUGGUGAAAAUGAGACUGGCCGUCCUCAGGAGUCAGCUGGCUGACACGGAGAGGGAGGAGUCUGAAGAGAGAAAUCAACUGUGCAAACUUCGUGAUGAACUGGACACAAAAGAACAAGUGCUACACAAAGGCCAGACUGACUUAGGAAAUAAUAAGGAGAAAUACAGAACAGAUCACGAGGAGUACUGUAGGAAAAGGGACAUGUUGGUGAGGGCCAAGAGGAACCAGCUCCUGCGGCAGAAGAAUAUGAUUGUUGAGGCUGCUUUUACUUUCUUCAUAACAGAUCUCAAAGACAAGUUCACCAUCUGUAACGUCAUCCUGCAAAACUCAGACCAGUUAGACCAGCCGAGCAAUGUGGAGCAGCCUGGAGUGGCACUGGGAUAUGUGGCUCAUCUCGUGCAUCAUCUUGCCCAGAUCCUGCUCGUGCCUUUGCAGUACGAGAUACGCCCGAAUGGAUCUCGCUCUCACAUCUGCGACUACAUCUCCAACGAGGCUAUUAUCGAUGAUAUCAGAGAGUUCCCUCUGUAUCUGAAGAGUGUGGAGAGAGCCUUGUUCCACUAUGCUGUGCACUUACUGAAUAAGAACAUUGCCCAGAUUCGUCAGCACUGUGGCUAUGGAAUGUCCAAGUCUAUGCUGAAGAGAACACUGCCCAACAUCAAGUACAUCCUCGAGAGAAUCAUCACAGAGCUGAGCACCCAAUCUGACAAACCACGUAACUCUUCCCUGCCGACCACACCCACCCAUUCCCCCCUCCCCGUUGGUACCCCCGUGACAGUACCCAUCGGAACAGGGACAGCCAGAGAGAGACCCAGCACCUCCUCUACUCCUCAAAUAAGCUUCACAGCUGAGAGUGAAGAGUACAGUACAUCUGUAUCUUCGGCCAUGUCUUUCCAACAAUCGGAGGAAGGCAGUGGGAGCAGACCAUUGUCGCCAGUGCAGAUACAAGACACCGAGCAAUCUUUCUAUGGGAGGUUUGAACAGACUGAUGCCACGAGUGGAGUCUCAGCUGCUACACAGCAGUAUCCGACGAUGCAGAGUGACCUCAGUGGUCGUCACUAUCCCGUGAAUGCGACCAAGAAGCCACUAGGCACUUUGUUCUCUUCAAUACCAGAAGAUGUCCUAUCUUCAAGUCCAAAGUCAACCGAGCAAGUUUCUAUGAACUAUGUAUCUCCGGGAAAAGCUUUACAAACUCAAUCGUAUGAUGCCCAUGCUGGUUUACAUCGUGCCCAGAGUACAAAGUCAGAAGAUUCUGAAGAAAUGGGGUCAGCAGGAAUGGACCUAACUAGACGAGACGAUAGCAAAACCCCCGACAAUACGCCUACUCUGAGAACAGAAGCUGUACUAGUAGCAGGCAUAGGUAGCCCUGGAUAUGAGGCUGACUCCACCCCAAAGCUCUCGUCAUCACUAGCACUUGCAGAUGUGGCAAAUAAUCAGAGAACAAUACAAGAGCAAAACACAGACAUUGCAGUUGACCUAAAUGACUCUCAACUUGAACUUAACAAUGACCCCCUAGCAUGUGAACAACUCAACAAAAUCUCAACCAGUUCACAGCGGAUACUUGACUCCGCCUCCCUUAGCCACACCCUCAUAGAGGCGGGUUAUUCAAGGACAGUUCUCGCUACUCCUCAUAGGGUCUCCGGUGGAGAAGACAUUAACAACAUAAGUACACAACCAGCUGCCUCAAAGACAAUAAACUAUUCCAAUGGUGAACGUCUUAGUAAGCAAGUCAAAACUGUUAACAAUAAAACUGAAACUGACGGACUAUUAGAAGAUUUUAUAGAUGGUUUUUGAGUAUUCUCUUGUGGUGUGUUAAAUGUACAAUAUUCUUUUCAUUGUAAUUCAAAAUUGGGUAGAUACAA